CACAGCAGGCGGGCUGGUUUUUAGUUCUCUGCUACCGGACUAAUAUGAGCCCGUAAGUUGAGAGUUAAGACAUUAAACCGGAUGCCUCUAUGAUCCACCAAACCUUACAGCGAGAUAUACAGUGUUCAGUUUGCACAAGAGGUGAGCCAUGGCUGAACCGAACCCCUCCCGUCCCCAAAGGAAGAUGUCCACCGCUGGGGAGAGUGUGUACAAGGUGCUAGGCCUGGAGAAAGGAGCAUCACCUGAGGACAUCAAGAAAGCGUACAGGAAGCUAGCAUUGAAGUACCACCCAGAUAAGAACCCAGACAACCCGGAGGCAGCGGAGAAGUUUAAGGAGAUCAACAACGCCAACUCCAUUUUAAAUGAUGAGACCAAGAGGAAGAUCUAUGACGAGUAUGGCUCCAUGGGCCUUUACGUGUCCGAACAGUUCGGAGAAGAGAGCGUCAAAUAUUACUUCCUCAUGUCCAAAUGGUGGUUUAAGGGUCUGGUCCUGUGCUGUACGUUGUUCACCUGCUGCUGCUGUUGCUGCUGCUGCUGUUUCUGCUGCGGGAAAUGUAAACCACCAGACGAUGAUGAAAACUACCAGUACGUCAACCCUGAAGACCUGGAGGCCCAAAUCAAAGCAGAGCAGGACGGAGGUUACACAGUUAUCAUAGGCCAGCCCACAUCUAAUGUGGGUCCAGAAAGCCCAGAAGGCCAGAGUCAGCCCAUCCCCCUGCCGAUGCCGAUGCCGAUGCCUCCAGCUGAGCCCCAGUCGCCGAGCAGUCCAGCAGGGGAAGAAAACCCCGGAGAGACCUUACCAGAGUCGAAAUGACUCGAAAGUGACAGCAUGGAUGAGCCUCGACUAGCAGAAGCAGCCUUUCCAGCCCCUGUUACGAUCCAGCCACAUUCGACUGCUACCUGCGGCGCAGAGAUCAACCAGCCCAAAGCCACCAGCCAGCCCGGGCCCACACCUCAAUCCUGACCCCUCGACCUACCCGAUCCGCCCACUGGACGACACCUGCAAGGUGGGCACAUAAAGGCUCUCGGCCCCCUCCAUGGAACUCAACUUAAGCUCUGAAAACACUAAGACACCUCACUGAAAAUAAAGGUCCCCCCUCUCCUUCCAGCUUGCCACACACUUUAGCCUAGCCUGGGCUAGAUGUGAUCUUGUUAGCAGUUCAGUCAUCAAUGGCUCCAACAUGCUGGGACUUCUUACUAAUCUGUUCUCAUCAUACCAUCACAACCAGUAAGACUGUGACACUGGGCAGGAGGAUGGCAAAAACUGAGUGAUAUGAGGGCAAAAACGACCUGGGAAGGUGAUCGUCAUCAUUAAUCUGCUUUCCAGAGCAGGACUGGAAUGAUCUUUUCUAUUCUCUCUCUGUCCCAACCCCCCCGUCUCCCUCCAUUUUGGACUCCGCUGGUCACCAACGGAAGCACUGUUUUUGUUACGUUUCUUCCACGUUAACUUGUUCUGGAGAGAAACCCAACGAGGGUUUCUGGUAAAAUAACUUGGAUGCCAGCAGCACGAGGAUGUGGGUGUGGAGGACCUUCUUCCUCCCUCCUCAUCCUCCUUCGGUCUUGAGGACUAAGAGUCACUUCACAGAGCAAAGCUUUCGAUCCGGACAUUCCUGCUCUUCACAUGAAGACAUAAAUGUGAAGGCGGGAGCGCGAACAGAAGAGAUGUGACUCAGCAGAGGUGGCGUCUGAGCCAAAACCUGGAGCUGAAGAUUUGGAGCAUGGAUCCGGAGUAGAGUCGAGGCUUCCCGCCCCAACGUGCAUGCAUUGUUUGUUUGUUUUUUUUCAGAUGCAUGCCCCCACCCCCCCACUGUACAGCACUGGAAUACAGUAAACACCCCAAACCACAAAACAUGACAGACCUGCCUGUACAGACUCUGGUUCCACAGACACACAAGCUGCCGUAUAUACGAACACACACUCGCACCAGCCCGUAUGUCAUCGCGCGCCACCCUCUGCUAGAAAAUACAACCCGCAGCAUAACCUCCUGACUAAAAUGGACAAUGAUGGAUGCCAUACUAGGAAAAGAAACACAACGCUUAAGUGUAAACCAGAAAAUAAUUGUUUAGUUGUGUUUUAUGGGAUCUGCAUCAUUGGGAUCCCUCUUGUGUUGCAGUCAGACUGUUUGGUAGACCAAAGGCGACAGCUCCAUGUAGCCUGACCCACGAUGACUCCGGUCGAGGCCGUUUGCUCUGGAGGCCACAGUUCAGCUCGUCAAAGUCGUUCGUAUAAUAUGCAUUUGGGUCUAUGCACCUUGUGAAGCGGGUCUGUUACCAUUUCAUAUGGUUCUUCGUUUGUUUCCUUAAGCCUCUGUUCAGGUUGUAAAACUUUAAUCGUACCUCUUACUUCCAGAACUACAGAAACCACCAACGUUAAAGUUACUUGAUGAGCUCAGGUCCAGAUUCACUAAGACUGCACCGCGUGGGCAAUCUGCUGACUUUGUUGCACCUCAGUUACGUUUUCAGUUUGCACCGAAGCCACGUAAUGUUAUGUUGAUUAAUUUGUGUCUCUUUAAAGGAGCACUGAGCAGGCAGUCCACCCUCUUUACUGCACAUUUCUUGCACUCUUAUUUCAGUUGGAGGACUAAUCUGCUAAGUCCUGCAUCUUUUCAGUGCUCCCUGACCUGAUGGUGACAGUGAUGUGCCUUGACCAACGAUUGCAGCAGCGACUGAGCAAACCACUCUCGACGCAGCGUUUCGAUGCCACAUGUACGUGUGCAUGUGUAUUUUGUAGCUGUUGGUGUCUUGUUUAGCAUGGUCUCACCUAUAAAUAGAAACCAAGAACCAGAUAUACGUACAAGUUCAUGACCAUUGCUGGUGAAAAGAGGCUUCAUUCAUCAGUUCUGCUCUCUCAUUCGCUGGUUGGGUCGUUCAUUGUUGCUUUUCCUGUGCAAACCUUUAGUGAAUCUGGAUCAGCAGUGUUGUGCAUGCUGACCACGGCCGCCAGAGAUCUGUUGAGAUGAUCCCAACUUUAGCAGAAAGUUUUGGACACUUGGUCUAAAACACUCUAAUUUUCCAUGCAUGUACUCAAGGCCACUCUUAUUUGACAUUUCCCAUUUGGAUCUUGGUGUUGUUACAAAGGAGCAGUCGCCCAUCAAAGCAGUGUUGUCUGCACGGUCGACGUCAGGGCUGCAGCUAACGGUUAUUUUCUUGAUUCAUCGCUUCGUCUUCAUGCCAGAAAACAAUGAAAAAUGGCCACCAGGGUUUCCCAGAGUCCAAGGCGAUGUCCUCAAAUGCAAAGUGGAGAAACAGGAACUGGAGAAUGUUUGGCAUUUUUGCUAAAUUAAUUGACUCAUUUGAUUGAUCGAUUAAGUUUCUGUUAAUCCAUUAACUGAUGACUUGUUGUUGACUGUUACGCUGGGACACCAGGCGUCUCUUGCUGAGUUGCUGCCUCAGAUUGUGACAGCUGCAAACGAGGCAGCGAGAUGUGUUUUCUCCUCAGUUUGAAUUAAAUCUAAUGAGUUUGCUGCUGUAGUUCGAGUCAGAAGUCGACCUUGUGUGGUCCAGCUCAAAGGAAUAAACUGUUCACCAGCAGUCAGUAUCUAUGAACAGUGUUACGUAAUGUUUACUCUAGUGGGUACAUGCUGUAAUAGCAAAGCUAACUUUCCUCUCACAUUUUCAUGUUUCAUGACUUACUACACAGGUGCUUUGAUAGGUUUAACGCACUUUACUUCUUUAACAUGACGAUUAUUAAUUUUGUGACAUAAUUUUGGCGAGCAUUUGUGCCACUUUAACAUCAGCUCACCUUCGUUAUUAAUUCCUGAUUAAUGUCUUCAUCAGCAUUUCUAAUUUGUUGUCUUGCCUGAAACGCACCAUAAAUCCGCAACCUGCGAGUCCUCAGACAUGAUGGGAUGGACCCUGAAACAUGCUCAUGUCUAGUUAACUACAGUUUGAUAUGAUGAAGCCAAAUCUGUGCAUCCCAGGGUUAUUAAACACUACUAAAGGAACAGUUUGACAUUGUGGGAAAUAUAAGAGAGUUACCGCGACACAGUUCCUGGCUAAGAAAUAUUCCAGCAGAUAAUCAAUAACAACAGCUCACAGCUUUGUUUUGUUUUUUUAUUUAAACGAGACGUCAGAAAGUCAGCUUUAGAGGUUUCGGUAGGUGGAUUUUGUUACCUUCAUGCAGAGCCAGGCUAGCUGUUUCCCCCUGUUUCCAGUCUUUGUGCUAAGCUAAGCGUCUGCUGGCUCUAGCUUCAUAAUUUACAUCUUCUCAUAUAAGUCUCAGCAAGAGAUCAGAGAAGUAUUUCCCACAAUGAUGACCUGUUCCUUAAAAACAGACUUAUUUGGACAGAACAGAGCUUAAAUGCUCUGUAAAACAAACCUUUUUGAUUGUUUACUUCAGUCAUGUCGAUGUGCUGUGGAGAAUUAUCGUCCAGUGUGGAGUACUUGUUGGUAAAUUGUUAAAAUUUAAAUGAAAUGUUCUCCCUUUCUGGUGGCAGCCUGAAAUUUGUUCUUCCUCUCACUAUAAAUAAAGGCCAUAGUGUCUGUGUGUGGAGCUGAGGCUUAAAAUACGCUGUCGAGAAGCAACACACACACAGUUAAACUCACCUCUCAGCUGCUAAAAGUCCUCGAUAUUACCCCGUGAACUGCAAUACACUAAUGUCGACCUCCAUGUCGGACCAGCAAGCCAGCUCUUUGUGUCGUUUCGUGAUUUACAAACCAGCUCAGACAAACAUCUCCAUCGCUUCACUUUGGCUCUGGCUUUGAUGGAUUUCAUGCUUUCAGCUUGUAUUCCUGCAAGCUUCAAGGUCGUCGCAUCAUCUCGAGUUUUUAAACCGUCAGCAGCCAAAACCUGCAGUCUCAAAAGCGUCCCAUAACGUUUCAGGAAUAAUUCUUUUCGUCUUUCUUCAGAUCUUCUCAAAUCAAAUCAGCGUAAACGCAGUGAGGCCAUGGAGCACAGAAAGAAGACGUUAUUUAUUAUUUUUGUAAUUGUUGUAAAUAACUCAUAAAACAGAAAAACAACUGACAAAAUUCCUUAUUGUUAAUGGACAUGUUUUAUGAAUUAAUGUCUCUUUUAACAGUGUACAUACAUUUUUGUUAUUUUUUUUAUUUGUCCACAUAGAAAUACCAUAAUUUGAAUUUGAAGACUAGAACAGCUGGUGGUCAGUUUGGGUUUAAACGAUGAAUGCAGACACUAAAAUCAUUUGUGUGUCUACUUUAAAAUACUGGCUUGAAUGCUCUCUGCUAUCCUGUUAGCCUAAUGCUAAUGUAUGCUAAAACAGUUAGCAUGCAGCUAACAUUCUUCGAAGGACAGGUGGAUGACUUUGUCUGUGUUCCCGUUACGCUCAGUUGACCGGUGGGACAAUCUACCAAAACUGCUGUAUUUCUCUUGAGAGUGACGCGAAAUGUUAAGGUGACGAGAAGAAUAGAGGAACGUGACGAAGACAUUUUAUUAAUGUAGAUGAAGGUUUUUUUUCUCACUGUUGUGGUUCCCUGUGGACGAUCUGUAAAUGAGUUAUUAUGAAAUUAAAACAAAUAAAA